GCCCAUCCUCUGUUCAUGUACAGGUGCGGUGGUGUCGAGUUUGGAGUUCCCAUCCACUAUCAAGCGAAAUGCCCUGCCCUGAUCUAAAGAGAGAAUAUUAUGGGUCUACGAAUAUUUGCAUGAGCCUUUAAGGAUAUUCAGUCUGACAUAGCUCCUGUGGUCCUAUAAUGCGAAAACGAUGAAAUAGGCGUCUGUUGUAGGCAAUGCAGGAAGCGUUCGAUUUGGGUCUGGAUACGCAACUGCCGCUGCCGAACCUGCGUAGUCAUCACUGUUGAAAAAAUUGGAAAACGGACUGGUGAAUUUUGCAGUACAUUCGUCUGACUUCCUGUCUUCUAGAGAUGGCUGCUGAUGACAAAGUGCCUAUCAUAUCUGACGAUGAAGAGGAUCAGAAGAGUAAGUAUGUCUUGGAGGAACCCUUCAAAACUCUUUCGCUGGAGUUGCAGAACGCCCAAGAUCCGGGAUCCACGACAAUGUCUGCCCCAGCGUCGGACACACAGACUGCUCCAGAGACCCCCCUGCCUUCACCGCUCGAAGGCCUGGGCUGCUGUCAGAGAAUGUGCCUCCAAGUCAACAGCCAGCUCCUCAUCUCCAAGGUCUUCUACUUCUUCUUCUAUGCAGCCUACGGUUCUCUGCACCCACUUCUAGCGGUCUACUACAAGCAGCUAGGGAUGUCGCCCAGCCGCAGUGGACUGCUAGUCGGGAUUAGAUAUUUCAUCGAGUUCUGCAGUGCUCCGUUCUGGGGGGUUGUGGCGGACCGCUUUAAGAAAGGGAAGCCGCUGUUGUUGUUUUCUGUGCUGUGCUGGUUAGUGUUCAACUGCGGGAUUGGCUUUGUCAAACCGGCUGCCAUGGUCUGUAAGGAGAAGGCGGGGGUCACCUCGGUGGCGCCGCCGACCCUGCCCUCGACCACCACGACCCCGAUGAACAUCACGUUACCGGACGUUUCGACCAAUCGCACGAGGAGAACUCGUCGGGAUUUGUUUGGAAGUCCCUUUCCCAGCGUCCCGUUGGUUUUGGGCCCUGGAUCGGGCUACGGGGCUGCGGGCAGGCACAGGAGAGGUGCUGACGGCAACGGCACCCUGCCCACAGCGGGGCCUGAGCCACAGUACGGCACGACCGCAGCAGUGACAACCACAGCUCUCGCCCCUGCCCGUCUCCAGCCCGGGGCCGUGCUUAAUGGGGGCAACGACACCCAGGUCGUCCCGAAUUCUACAACCACGUCACACAACCCUGUCCCCGCCCCCACCCGUUCCCCUGCCGCCAACGCCACGAUGGUGCCCCAAGAGCAGGGCAACACCACCCAUGACCGCCCGAACGCUACGACAGUGUCUCCGUGGACCCCCGCCCCCACCCGAGUCAAGAACUACGUCAUCGAAUACAACCAGGACCAAGUGGAGACCAUUUUCCUCCUGAUCCUCUUGGUCGUCAUCGUCGGCGAGUUUUUCAGCGCGCCGGCAAUCACCAUCGUGGACACGGUGACGUUGCAGUACCUCGGCGCCCACCGGGAUCGCUACGGCCUGCAGAGGAUGUGGGGGUCCCUGGGCUGGGGCGUGGCCAUGUUACUAGUGGGCAUCUGGAUAGACCACACCCACAUGGUGCUGUUCAUCGACGGCGCGAUCGGCUGUGUCCUACCGGACUAUAAGAACUACCAGGUGGCCUUCAUAGUGUUUGGAGUCAUGAUGGGGUUGGCCCUGGUGGUGGCAACACAGUUCUACUUUGACUGCGGGGACUACCAGCAGGCGGUGUCUCGGAGACCUCGGGAGGUGGAGAUCCCGCAGGUUGACAGGAACGUGGCCUCUCCGGAGGGCAGCGGGAGUUCCACGUCGGCGUCGGGUCCGACCCCCGUCACCCCGGAGUCAGUCGCCGCCGAACAGCCUUUCUAUUACAGUGACCUCCUCAGGAUGCUCUGCAGCGUUCAGUACAGCACGGUGCUCUUCGUGGCCUGGUUCAUGGGCUUCGGAUACGGCUUCGUCUUCACGUUUCUCUACUGGCACCUGGAGGACCUGCACGGGAGCACCACUCUGUUCGGGGUCUGUUCGGUGCUGAGUCACGUGUCAGAGCUGACCGCCUACUUCACCAGUCAUAAGUUCAUAGAACUGGUGGGACACAUUAGGGUUCUUUACAUUGGCUUGGCGUGUAACACAGCGCGCUACCUUUACAUUUCCUACCUGGAGAACGCGUGGAUAGUUCUGCCCAUGGAAGUCUUACAAGGUGUGACCCAUGCUUCAGUGUGGGCAGCUUGUAUCUCCUACCUGAGUGCUGCCGUCCCCCCCGCUCUGAGGACCUCUGCCCAGGGAAUCCUCCAGGGCCUCCACCUUGGGCUGGGUCGGGGCUGUGGGGCCAUGGUUGGAGGCAUCUUGGUCAACUACUUUGGAGCGGCGAAAACCUUCAGAGGGAUUGGAAUGGUGUCCCUGGUCAUCCUUCUCAUCUUCUCCUUCAUCCAGUGUCUGACCGGUGGGAACGAGGAAAAGGAGGACAGGAUGCUGGCGGAGAACAUUCCCAUUCCGUCCAGCCCGGUUCCUAUCGCCACCAUAGAUCUAAUGCAGAACCAUAACCAGCUGGACAUAAUGGCGCCCCGUAGUGAGCCAAGACCCCUGACCAAGAAGACCAAGCACCAGGAGGAGCAGGAGGACAUCAAUAGACCGGCCUGGGUGCUCUCCGGGUCUCCCUGGGUCAGCGUCGCCUUCGCCAUCUGCCAGAUCAGAGAGAUGUACUGCAUGACUAAGAGGAGUCAACCCUCCGAGACACAGCCGCUGCAACUUGUCUGUUGCCAGGAGCAAAAUGAGCCAAUGUCUUGUGAAUACCAGGCUGUGGAGGCUGAGCACAGCACAGAUCAACAGGAGUCUGCACACCGUCAGAACAGAUCCCCCAGCAUGCCCGGCAAGGCCCCACCCUCAGAGCGCCCAGACUCUCGACCCCCUCCACUCUCAGACCAGGGUAACUCGGUGGAGCAUCCUGCUGUUUCUCCUGCUAACUUUGAGGUUCCACAUCAGCAGUCCAGUACAAAUCCUUUCAGGCAGUAGAUUAGAGACAUGAGUUUAAAGACAGCUGUUUAUAUAUGGGUGUUUACCUUAACUCCUUUUACAUGUAACCAGGAAAUGCGCAGAGAGCAUUGGGACUUUCUGUGCUGUUGAGAAGAGCUAAUGCUUUCCGUUUGUGUGUGUCACUUGACAUUGUGUAAAUAUAAUUUUACCUAGGAAGGAUUAAAUGGGAUUGUUGCCUUCUAGAAUGUAUUUAUUUCAUCUGUCUUCCAGCACAAGCUUCUGACAAUCAUGUUAUUAUUUUGACUCCUGGGAUGAAUUGAUGUGUACAUACAAUAAACAGCUAUUCGGAGAACCAUU